UAGACCGGCAAUUUCGCCGCGCAGCCACUUGCUCGAGUCUUGCUUCCAGCCAGACACAGGUCUAUAACCGUUCUCCAGUUGAUUAUCGCGUUCAUCACUCAAGUUUGAUUAAAUUGUGGCAGAUUUAGAUUCAGUGUAAUGCGGUCGUGGACAGUUCUAGCUGUGUUGGCGACCUUCUUAGCCAUGGGUCAUACGGCCUUGGUUCCCUGGAUUCCUUUGGGACCUUGGUGGUAUCGAGCGCCCGAUAAGGACAUUCCACCUUCGGUCAACAUUCAGCAACUGGGCGGAAGUUACGUGUAUAAUACGGCCGAAGGCAAGGCCUAUCAAGCCGUUGUUCCGGUUCCUCCGGCAACCUUUGUACAACCUCCGAUUCCGGUACAGGUUCAGAAAGUGCCAACCGUGGCCCUUCACUACACACCCGCCGGUCAAGGAUACCUAGUUCCGGCUAACUCCGUUCCUCAAGAGUCAAGCUCUGAAAAGGAGACAACAUCCCCGCCAGAAUCUCCUGCUGAUGGACCACAGGAAGAGACUGCAACGGAAACGAACGACGAACGUCGUGAUUGGAAUGAUGAUGGAAACAACAACGGGAGCACCGAGCCACCGAGACGUGAUCCGGCACCGGUUUCCGAGGAACCGGAAGAGAAUGAAACGGAAUCAUUUUUUGAGAGUUGAAAACCUUGAAGUUUAAAAAUAAUAAAACUUUCGGUGAAAGUGUUCUGGAAACCGUGUUCAGUGUUAGCUAAAAGUACAAAAUGAAGCCGUAUUCAACUGUGAUGAAAUCGUGAAAACUACUUAAAUAAAUGUGAAAUUCAAAACAUCGAUUAAAAA